AUUCCUUUCUGCUCCCGCCAGAUGUUGGGAGUAUAGUUGGGUUCGUGCCGGACCCUCCGGGUAACUUUCGCAAAGGCAGCCGGCACGAAUCCCAGAGGGAUCGAGCCAGUCUCUUUGCAGGGACUUGGUAUGCAGAGCUUUGCUCCGCUCUUAAACAAAAGGGGGGCUGUGGCCGCUGGCUUUUUAAGCUCCGGGAGAGGGCUCAGGGGGGCGAGGGACCCCUCGUGUGCGUGCCUGUCUCGCGGCGGAGCGCGGCUCAGCCCUCCUGGCUCCCUGCAGCUGGCAUGAAAGUGCAGGGUCGGAACCCGCCAUGGGCUGCACAUAUUCGUCUCCACCCGAGGAGGGUCCUCCGGGGAGAGAGAAGACAACAAAUGAGGGCAGCUUCAUUGAGAAAAUGAAAAAGACAGGCAGAAACAUAGUGGUGUUUUAUGGAUCUCAGACGGGAACUGGUGAAGAAUUUGCCAACCGCCUUGCUAAAGACGCCCAUCGUUAUGGGAUGCGGGGCAUGUCUGCCGACCCAGAGGAGUACGACCUGGCCGACUUGAGUCGCCUCUCUGAGAUCGAUAAGUCGCUAGCGGUCUUCUGUAUGGCCACUUACGGAGAAGGGGAUCCCACAGACAACGCCCAGGAUUUCUACGAUUGGCUGCAGGAAACGGACGCUGACCUCUCCGGCCUCAAAUUUGCAGUGUUUGGCUUGGGGAACAAGACCUAUGAGCAUUUCAACGCCAUGGGGAAGUACGUGGACAAGAGGCUGGAAGAGCUUGGAGCCCAGCGGAUCUUUGAACUCGGGCUGGGAGACGACGACGGGAACCUGGAAGAAGAUUUCAUCACGUGGCGUGAGCAGUUCUGGCCGGCAGUCUGUGAACAUUUCGGCGUGGAAGCCACAGGAGACGAAACCAGCAUACGGCAGUACGAGCUGGUGGUCCACACGGACAUCAGCCCCGACAAGGUUUACACGGGUGAAAUGGGCCGCCUCAAGAGCUACGAGAACCAAAAACCGCCAUUCGAUGCCAAGAACCCCUUCCUGGCACCUGUUUCUGUGAACCGGAAGCUGAACCAAGGCGGGGACAGGUACCUCAUGCACCUGGAACUGGAUAUUACAGGCUCCAAAAUCAGAUAUGAAUCUGGGGACCACGUCGCUGUGUACCCAGCCAACGACACUUCGCUGGUCAACCAGCUUGGGGAAAUCCUUGGUGCAGAUUUAGAUAUGGUUAUUUCUCUGAACAAUCUAGAUGAGGAGUCCAACAAGAAGCACCCGUUCCCUUGCCCCACGACCUACCGCACAGCCCUGACCUACUACUUGGACAUCACGAACCCGCCCCGCACCAACGUCCUCUACGAGCUGGCGCAGUACGCCACGGACGCCACCCAGCAGGAGCACCUGCGCAAGAUGGCCUCCUCCCACACCGAAGGCAAGUCGCUGUACCUCAGCUGGGUCGUUGAAGCCCGGAGGAACAUCCUGGCCAUCUUGCAGGACACGCCCUCCCUCCGGCCCCCCAUUGACCACCUCUGUGAGCUGCUGCCCCGCCUGCAGGCUCGCUACUAUUCCAUCGCUUCGACGUCCAAGGUGCAACCCAACUCCAUCCACAUCUGUGCUGUGCUGGUGGAGUACAAGACCAAGACGGACCGCAUCAACAAAGGGGUGGCCACUAGCUGGCUGAAGAACAAGCAGCCCAACGAGAACGGGCACAAGUCCACAGUGCCCAUGUAUGUCCGGAAGUCCCAGUUCCGCCUGCCGUUCAAGCCUAGCACUCCCGUCCUGAUGAUCGGGCCUGGCACUGGCAUUGCCCCCUUCAUGGGCUUCAUCCAGGAGCGGGGCUGGCUCAAGCAGCAAGGCAAGGAUGUGGGCGAGACGGUGCUUUAUUAUGGCUGUCGGCACGAGAACGAGGACUACCUCUACAAGGAGGAGCUGGCCAAGCUUCUCAAGGAAGGGGCCCUCACUCAGCUCAACGUCGCUUUCUCCAGGGACCAACCUCAGAAGAUUUACGUCCAGCACCUGCUGAAGAAGAACAAGGAGAAUGUAUGGAAGCUGAUCCACGAAGGAAACGGGCACAUCUACGUGUGCGGCGAUGCCCGGAACAUGGCCCGCGACGUGCAAAACGCCUUCUACGAGAUCGUGGCUGAAUAUGGGAAGAUGAACCAGCAGCAGGCUGUGGAUUAUGUCAAGAAGCUGAUGACCAAGGGGCGCUACUCCCUGGACGUCUGGAGUUAGGGUGGGCGGUGCUUGCAAGGUAGGGGGGGGCGGUUCUCAGUGGGGGGGCUGCAGGAGGGGCAGGGAAGGGACUCUCUCACUUGGCUGCACAUCCUGCCCCCCUGUGGGACUGUGCUCAGGUGUGCACACCUGUCUCCCUCCUCGCUCCCUCCCAUUCAUUCCAUGUUAAGAGUGUGCCGCAGGACGACUUGGAUGGUUUUCCAGGGGGCGGGUUAGACCACCUCAGGCCAGAAUCACCAGUCGCGCUCGCGCUCUCUCUCUCUCUCUCUCUCUUGGCAAUUGCUGCUCCUCAGAGGACUUCUGAGUGUGCAGCGUUUUUCAUUCUCCCUUCUCUACAUGUCAAAACUUGCUUUCAUUUUUUUGGGAAAUGGAACUUCGCUCCAGUCCCAUCUGGCAGGCAUCUCUGCAUCAGGAGAAGCUGCAAAAGUGGGGCUCAGGUGCUGACCCCUUCCUCUUAACUCCUCGGAAGAUGCGUACCUUUCAGUUAGCCUGCAGGAAACGACCAAGCUCCCCAGACCCGCCCCCACCCUUUCCCAAACUGCUGUGAAGGGUGCUCCUGCCGCAGCCAGAGAUGGCAUUGCUUUGGGUUUUAGUGACCAGUGACCUGUGCUGUUGGGGGGGUCCCCAGUAGGAUAACAGGGUGGGGGUCAAGUGGAGAACAAAACAACGUAUUUAAGAAGCCAGCAGUGUGAGCGUAGGGGGGGCUCUUUUCUCCCUGCCCCUACACUUCUUACUGUGCCUAGAACAAGCUUGGAGACCUUAUACCAUCUGUGUGAAAUUGGAUCAAACAUGGGAGGUGUGCAUUUGGGUUGGUGGCUGUCCUGAUCUGAUACCUGGUGCUGCAUGCUGGCAUGUCUCAGGCUCACCUGUCUGGGGAUGGCAGUCCUGCCUCUUGCCUGCGUCCCCUCCUGUUACAGCCUCAUUGGAUGAAACUCUCGCCCUCUCUGCUGUACCAGCAGACAGCCAUGGAGGGUGGCAGUGGAUCAGGGUGACACAGUUCAGUCUAGGCUGGAGGACAGUACCUGGCUGUCCAGUCCUCUUUCGUUGGCACUUAAUUUCCCUCCCUCCCCCCCCCCCCAAACAGUGGGGAAGCCCAUUCCGGACAUGGCGGCCCCCUCCGGCCAGUUCCUAGGCCCGCCUGUCAUUUCCCCCUUGCUGAGACCGAUGGGGUGCUGCCCCUGGCAUGAGAAAGGUGUGUGCCAUGGCCGAGCCCAGCCAUGGCGCUUUUCAGCCCUGGUGUGGCUUGCCUCCCCAGCCAUGCAACUUAACGGUUCGUGUUGAAGCUGCCAGUGUGUGCCCAAGGAUGUACGUUUGGAUUGAGUGCUGGGGUGAGCAGCUUGUCCACUGAAUGUACAUAACUGUAAGGAGACUUUGCUCUUGGAAUAAAAUAUGGCCUGAUUCUUUU